AUGUUGGAGUUGACUAACACUCGUCAAUGGAAGGAUGAACCUGUGGUCAACUACAUUGAUAGGUGGAGAAGUCUGAGUCUCAACUGCAAGGACAGACUGUCUGAACUCUCUGCCAUAGAAAUGUGCAUUCGAGGAAUGCAUUGGAGCCUAAGCUACAUUCUACAGGGUAUACGCCCAAACACAUUUGAAGAAUUAGCUACUCGUGCUCAUGAUAUGGAGUUAAGCAUCACGGCCAACGCAACUGAUGGGCUUCCUAUUCAAGCUCCGCGAGUGCAGCCGUCUCGUCAAAACAAUGAAAGGCAAGAAAAUAAAAAAGGGGGCAAGCCUCCUUCAAGACUCAGUAAUAAGGAGUCCAUGGCAAUAAAUACAACUCCUAUGAAAAUUGCUACCAAAAUGAGCCGAAAGAUCACUGAGAAGUUGGAUCCAUCCCAAAAUAGGUCAGUAAGAAGACCCACGUUAAAAGAGAUGCAAGGAAAAGAAUACCCAUUUCUUGAAUCUGAUUUACAAGGGAUGUUUGAUGAUCGUUUCAAGGAGAAACUUCUUGAACUUCCCGAAAUGAAGCGCCCAGAGGAAGCCGGUUUUGAUCCAAACGCAUACAAACUACUUGCUAAGGCCGGUUAUAACCCAAAUGAGAAGCAUGCAUUGGUCAAACUCCCUCCUGAGGUGACUGGCGAGAAGACUCAUGGAUUAACACCUAUGCAGAAAAUGUUGAAAGAAAAAGGCUAUAAUGUUGAAAGUUCAUCGAUGGGUCUUGGUUAUCAACCAUCUUCUCCAGUGCGUAUAAUGAUCAAAAGAGCAAGUUGUAACUACGUGAACGAGGAAAUGGAGGUCACAAGCCGAAGGAGAUCUGUGUUCGAUAGAUUGGGAGAUAAGUCAAAGCGUACUUCUGUAUUUGACAGACUUGGCCCGCAGCCAAAAAAUGUGAAGCCGCUUGUCUAUGAAAGACUAGGCAGUAAAAAGCAAGAGUACCAGGUUGCCAAGGAAGAAAGUCUUACUCCAAUAAAGAGGAACGGACCAAGAAAGCGAGUCUCCAAUUUCUUCAUGCACUACGGAGACUUAUUCAAUGUAAGAAUUGAAACCAUUUUUGAAGAACAGGGUCAAGAAAGUAUGGCUUCCUGUCACCAUAUUACGAUCAGUGAUCCCGAAGAAGAAGAAGAAGAUGUAGAUGACGCUCUCCCUGAACUUGAACAAAGGGUAAAAAAUACAGUCGAUGCGCUAAAAGAGAUUAACCUUGGCACAAGCGACGAUCCUCGCCCAACUUACAUAAGCUCUUGUAUGACUCCCGAAGAAGAGAAAGAGUAUGUUGAUUUGCUACUCGAGUUCAGGGACGUCUUUGCCUGGAAUUACUCAGAAAUGCUUGGUUUGGAUCCAAGGAUCGCCGUUCAUAAUUUGUCUGUCAAGCAAGGAACAAAACCUAUCAAGCAAACUCAAAGGCGCUUUCGGCCCGAAUUGAUUCCUCUAAUAGAAAAUGAGAUAAAUAGAUUGAUUGAAGCUGGGUUCAUACGGGAAGUGAAAUAUCCGACAUGGAUUUCAAGUAUCGUCCCUAUAAGGAAGAAGAACGGGCAAAUUCGAAUUUGUGUUGAUUUUCGAGACUUAAAAGAGGCUUGCCCCAAAGAUGACUUUCCGCUUCCCAUCACAGAUUUGACAGUAGAUGCUACAACCGGGCAUGAAGCACUAUCUUUUCUCGAUGGAUCAUCUGGCUACAAUCAAAUACGCAUGGCGCCCGAGGAUGAGGAACUCACUGCCUUCCGCACCCCCAAGGGAAUUUAUUGCUAUAAAGUAAUGCCAUUUGGCUUGAAAAAUGCUGGAGUGACAUAUCAAAGGACAAUGCAAAGAAUAUUUGAUAAUAUGCUCCAUAGGAAUGUGGAGUGCUACGUUGAUGACCUUGUGGUGAAAUCAAAUAAGCGAGAGGAUCAUAUUCAAGACCUUCGAAGAGUUUUCCAACGCCUUCGGAGGUACCAACUGAAGAUGAAUCCUUUGAAGUGCGCAUUCGGAGUCACUUCUGGCAAGUUUCUCGGUUUCAUCGUUCAUCAACGGGGAAUAGAGGUCGAUCGAUCUAAAAUUGAUGCCAUUGUGAACAUGCCUGAACCACGAAAUAUUCAUGAAUUGAAGAGCCUUCAAGGGAAGUUGACAUAUAUCCGAAGGUUUAUCUCUAAUUUGGCCGGACGAUGCCAACCCUUUAGUCGACUGAUGAAGAAAGGGGUACCCUUCGAGUGGGAUGAAUCGUGUAGGAAUGCUUUUACAAGCAUCAAAGCGUACCUCAUGAAUCCCCUAGUGCUGGCUGCGCCCAUUCCAGGAAAACCAUUGACUCUCUAUAUUUCCGCACAAGAACGGUCGGUUGGGGCCUUACUUGCUCAAGAAAAUGAUGAAGGUAAAGAGAAUGCGCUGUAUUACUUGAGCCGGAUGAUGACAUCUAAUGAGUUGAACUACUCACCCAUCGAGAAGUUGUGUUUGGCACUUAUAUUUGUCAUUCAGAACUUGAAACAUUAUUUUCAUGCACAUACUAUUCGACUCAUAUCUAAGUCUAAUCCCAUUAAAUAUGUCAUGGCAAAACCUGUACUAUCUGAUCGGCUCGCGAGAUGGUACCUCCAGUUUCAACAAUUCGAAAUCAUUUAUGUACCUGCGAAGGCUGUCAAAGGACAAAUAUUGGCAGACUUUUUAGCCGAUCAUCCCGUACCUGCCGAGUGGGAGUUGACUGAUGAACUUCCCGAUGAAGAAGUGUUUAUGGUCGAAUCGCCGUGGUCAAUGUAUUUCGAUGGAGCUGCUCACCGUGAUAGAGCUGGUGCAGGAGUUGUCUUUUAUACCCCUGAAACAGAUAUAUUGCCAUACUCUUUCACUUUAACACGUCGGUGUUCAAACAAUGUGGCCGAAUAUCAGGCGUUGAUUCUCAGUCUUGAAACGACUGUAGACAUGAAACAGUUGCAUCUUAGAGUCUAUGGUGAUUCAAAAUUGGUGGUAAAUCAACUUCUUGGUGUUUAUGAUAUCAAGAAACCUGAAUUGAUCCCAUAUUAUAAGUAUGCAAGACAACUCAUGGGAUAUUUAGAUAAUGUCACUAUAGAACAUAUCCCUAGAAAUUUCAACCAACAAGCUGACUCUUUGGCAAAGGUAGCGUCCAUGAUCACUCUACCUUCUCAUCGAAAUCAAAUUUCAAUAUGUCAAAAUUGGGUCAUACCUCCGAUGUUUGAUGAAGAGGAUGAUGGUGAGGAAGAAUAUGCUUAUCAUAUUUUUGUCCAUGAGAUCGAAAAGGAGGAUUGGCGUCACCUCAUCAUUGAUUACCUUAAUCAUGGAAAGUUACCAGAAGAUCCCAAGAAAAAGGUCGAUAUACGUCGUCGAGCGCCACGUUUCAUUUACUACAAAGGGACGCUUUACCGAAGAUCAUUCGAUGGGGUGUUUCUACGAUGUCUUGGAGAAGAUGAAGCCAUGCAAGCAAUGGAGGAAGCUCACUCUGGGAUAUGCGGUGCUCACCAAUCUGGCCCGAAAUUACACUUUCGCAUUAAGAGAAUGGGAUACUACUGGCCAACGAUGAUAAAGGACUGUAUCGAUUUUGCUAGAAGAUGUCAAGCUUGUCAAUUCCAUGGCAAUUUCAUCCGCCAACCUCCUGAACCAUUGCAUCCAACGGUGGCUUCUUGGCCGUUCGAUGCUUGGGGUUUGGAUAUAGUUGGACCGCUCCCAAAAUCUUCUGGAGGACACAUUUUCAUUUUGGCAGCGACGGAUUAUUUCUCAAAGUGGGCCGAAGCGAUUCCUCUAAGAGAGGUCAAAAAGGAGAAUGUAGUAGAUUUCAUUCGCUUGCACAUCAUUUAUCGGUAUGGAAUCCCACGUUAUAUCAUCACCGAUAAUGGCAAACCUUUUUGCAAUGUAGCAAUGAACAAACUUUGCGAAAAGUUUCAUUUCAAACAAUACAAUUCGUCCAUGUACUACGCUACCGCAAAUGGACUUGCUGAAGCAUUCAACAAGACCUUAUGUAAUCUGUUGAAGAAAAUCGUUGAUAAAUCGAAAAGGGAUUGGCAUCUUCGAAUUGGAGAAGCGCUUUGGGCAUACAGAACUACUUUUCGAACUCCCACACAAGCAACCCCAUACGCGCUUGUUUACGGUGUUGAAGCUGUUCUUCCACUUGAGUGUCAAACACCUUCGCUAAGAAUUGCAAUUCAAGAGGGGCUCAACGAAGAAGAUAAUGUUCGUCUUCGCUUUGAGGAGUUACAAGCGCUCGACGAAAAGAGAUUGGAAGCUCAGCAACGGAUUGAGUGCUAUCAAGCUCGCCUUUCAAAGGCAUUCAAUAAGCACGUUCGACCCCGCUCUUUCCAAAUUGGAGAGUUAGUGCUCGCCGUUCGGAGACCAAUCAUUCUCACUCAUGGCGGACAAAGAAUGUUUACUCUUAAGUGGGAUGGUCCAUAUGUCGUUCGAAAAGUAUAUACAAAUGGCUCAUACAAGUUGGUUGCUGAAGAUGGAUUAAGGGUUGGCCCUAUCAAUGGAAAGUACCUAAAAAGGAAAAUGACAUGGUAA